AUGAAUAACGACGAAGUGAAAUUUAUUGAAAACGAAUAUAAAGAAUUUUACGAUAAAUUCUCCUACAUAAAUGAAAACACUUUUUGCAUAGACAUAAAUAUAAAUGAUGAAAAUGAAAAGUCCAAAAAUGAUGUCCAAAUGAAAACGUUAAAACUUGUUAUUAAAUUUCAUGACAAUCAUUUUGAGGUAUUAAACCCAAUUCUGGAACAAGGAAGUUCAUUAUGCCAAGCCUUUGAUAAUAUUGAACAAAUUUUCGAUACAUUUUGUCCUUUGUCCUUUAAAAAGUUCCUAAGUCAAAGGAUUAUAAGAAAGUUAAAUUCGUUUUUAUAA